AUGGACGCAACGGGGCUCGACGCAGGCCCAUCGGCAUACGACGCGAAUGCGUACAGCCUGAACUCCCCCGAUGCGGGGCCUUCGAAUGACCCGCCGCCAAGUGGAAGGGGUCGGGGUCGCGGACGAGGAAGGGGUCGAGGCCGAGGACGCGGUGGAGGGCGACAAAGCACGCGAUUAAGCACGCGGCAAGCUGCGAGCGCGGGACCGACAAAGCUCAAGAUUUCGUUCAAGGCGUCUGGUGGUGCGGCCGCCUCGGGAGGACGCAUGCAGUCGUUCCUCGGCGAGUACGACCGCGAGCUUGACGACAACCCAGAAGACCCGCUCGCGUUCGAGGAGCAGUUCAUCUUGCGCGUCCCGCCAUCAGUGGCUGACGGGAAGAACGGCGAGCUCGGUCUCCGCGACUUGAUCAAGGGCAAAGGACGAGGUCUCGACGCACUCGAGUUCAAGAUGCUUGACCCGCGCCGCGGCGUGUUCAAGAUCGGCGAUACGACGUACACUUCCAAGCUCGUCGACCUGCCUAAUAUCAUCGAGUGCCAGAAGACGCUCGACAACCGACACUUGUUCAAGGUUGCCGACAUCUCGCAGAUGCUCGUCGUCGAGAAGCCCGUCCAGAAUGAGGCGUCCGUCACGAGCACGCCGCUCAAUGUGGACGACUACAUCUGGCCCCACGGCAUCACACCCCCGCUCCGACACGUUCGAAAGCGCCGCUUCCGCAAGCGUCUGUCACGACGAACAAUCGAGGUCGUUGAGGAGCAGGUUGAAGAGCUCCUCAACAAGGAUGACGACGCGGACGAGACCAACCUGAUCGAUGUGAACCCCGAUCCCGAUGUUCCCGACUCGUACUACGUGAACUGGAGUGCGGAGGACCCAUAUGCCGGCUGGCAGCCCGAAGGCUCCGAGUACGGUGGCGAGGAGUACCAAGCCCAGCCCGAGGGCGAGUGGUACGACGAAGAGGAGUACCCGGAGGAGGACGAGAACGAGAUGGACGAAGACCUGCAGGCCGCGCUCAUGGACCAGCUGGAGCAGUCUGAGUCAGAGGGCGAGGGUGACGAGGACGAGGAUGGUCUCUCCGCGUCCGAAGACGAAGAGGAAGAGGAGGCCGCGGAGGACGACGAUCCCGAGGUGGCCGAGCGCAAGCAGAAGAUUAAGCAGUACACGUCGGAGAUCAAGCAGUUAGAGCAGUUAAUCGAGAAGAAGCGCGCUGGCUUCACGGGAUCUGGCAACCCAAUCAUCACGAAGCGUUUCGAGGAGACGAUCAAGGGCCUCCAGGACGAUAUCAACAACAAGGUGUCGGCGCGCCAGGCGCUGCAGGACGCGAUCGACGAGCGGCGCAAGGAGAAGGAGGCUGCGGACAACCCGCCGCCCUCUGCCGCCGAGGCAGCCGAGGGCGAAGCGGCAGAGGAGUCGGAGCCGGACGACCUCUUCGACGACGACGAGGGCGACGCGGACGCCACGCCAAUCGGUACUCCCAUCACGCCCGCGGCGCCCACGCCGGGUCCCGACGAGAUCCCCGAUCUCCCCUCUGGAGCCGGGGACGACGACGACGACGAGGACCUGUUCGGCGACGACGAGCUGCUCGAUGACCCUGCGCCGGAAACUGCGCCUGCUGCGCCAGCCGCAGGCGAGGGCGAGUUCCUCGCCAACGAGAUGGACGACAUGGACGAGAUGGCCGAGCUACUCGAGGCGAGCCUGAACCAGGCGGACGAGGAGGGCGGCGGCGAGCCAAUGGAGGGUGUCGAGGGCGCGGACGGUGCCGAUGGCGAGAUUGGCGAUCAGGCUGCGGCCACGGCGGCGCUGGAUGAGUUCAUGAUGAGUGCCGAGGCGCGCGACCCGGGCUAUGGGUUCGUGGAGGGCGGCGUCGGCAUGCGCCGCCUGGCUACGGGCGUCGACGACUCGAGCGACGAGGAGAGCGAGGACUCGGACGACGAUUAG